UUGAAAUAUUAGUUUUGAUUUCUAUAUGUGUGUGAUGGUAUCAUAGUUCUAAUUCAGAAUGUGACAACGGCGCCCCAAUUUUUUCUAAGAAUAUGUCUAAAAUCUCUUUUGUUAUAAAUGUAAUAAUUUAUAUAUUUUCGUACAUUAAACACAAAAUAUACUAACUAGAAAUACAGUAUUAAAAUUUAUGGUGGAAAGGCCCACACUUUUCAUAAUUUUGUCUAGAACUUUAAAAACUUUUACACAUGUUUGCUAAGUUUUUUUAAAUGUAUUUUGCUUCUUCAGUCUUUUACUGCACAAUAUCUUAGGGUAAACUAUAAAGGAAAAUCAGGUUCAGUGAAGAAGCAGCAUUCAAGGUCAUAGUGCAGCUGAUGAACUUGUUCCAUGCAUCUAUUCAUCCUUCUACAGUAGACUCCAGUUUGUUGAGUAGAGUCGUUUAACAUCACUACAGAAGCCAUGCAGUGGUUUUACAUUCUUAUGAUAGUGACACAGUGUCUACAGAGUGCCACUGCUGCCAAGAUACUUGCUCUGUGUGCCGUCGCCUCUCACAGCCAUUCCCUCUGGUGUUAUCAGUACAUGGCAGCUCUGGCUGAGAGAGGUCACCAGAUUACAGUACUUGGAGUGGACAAACCCAAAAUUAAAAUACCAAACUUAACUACAUUCAUUGCUGAGGAAGUUUAUGAGAUUACUUUUUCGAACCAUUCUGUCUCGGAAUGGAUGUCUGAUUCAAAAAUUGGACAAAUGUAUCCUGCUUUCAAAACUUGGGAUGAGGCCUCAUCCACAACGAUACUGCAUUCAAAAGCACUGAAAGAGUUAAUAAGUCAAAAAAGAAACAUAGCCAAGCCAUUUGAUUUGAUUAUUCAUGAUCAUGGCAAUGCUCAUGCACUCCUUGGUUUAGUUCCUCUGUUCGGGAACCCACCACUGAUUUUGGCAACUACCUUUGGCUCCCCACAAUGGAUGACGUUUCGAGCCGGUAACAUCUUCAACCCUGCUUAUGUUCCGAGUAUGAUAACUAGUGCAGACUAUCACAUGACAUUCUACCAGAGAUGUGAGAACUUGUUCUACUACAUCUUCCUGGAGUGGUACACCAGAUUUGUCACAGAGCCAUUCCAAGAUCAGUUGAUGAGGGAGGUGUUCGGACCCAACUUGCCUCAUGUGAGAGAUAUCGUCAAACAGGCCAAUAUCAUCAUUGUCAACCACCACUUUGCUCUGAAUGGCCCAAGACCUGUCUUACCUGGUGUGGUUGAAAUCGCAGGUCUUCAUAUCUCUGAGCCCAAGCCAUUACCGCAGGACUUGAAAGACUUCAUGGAUGGAGCGGAACAUGGAGUGAUCCUGAUAAGUUUCGGUUCCAAUAUAGACUCAACCUGGUUUGCAGAAGGGUUUGAAAAUAUAGUAAUCACUGUCCUCCAAAAACUGCCACAGCGGGUGUUGUGGAAAUGGGAUAAAGAUCUUCCAAACAUACCGUCCAAUGUCAAACUGAGCAAGUGGUUACCUCAGAGUGAUCUUUUGGUGCACCCCAAAAUGCGCCUGUUCAUCACUCACUGUGGAGUUCUCAGCACUCAAGAGGCGAUCUACCGUAAAGUCCCCAUCCUGGGCCUCCCAGUGUUCUGUGAUCAGAUGGACAAUGCUCACUUGUUGGUCAGACAUAACCUCACAAUCCAAAUGAACCCUAGGACGAUUACAAGUGAACAGUUAUUGGAAGGCAUCAAGGAAAUUCUUUCAAAUCCUAUGUACAAGAAGAACAUGGAACGGAUGGGUGACUUGAUGACAGACAUGCCUCUGACCUCCAAACAGCAGGCAGUGUUCUGGAGUGAGUACGCCAUCAGACACCAAGGAGCACCACAUCUACGCUCAGCUGCUGCAGACAUGUCCUGGAUUCAGCUGCUAAUGUUCGAUGUCAUAGGCACUGCCUUCUUGAUAUUGCUGGUUAUUCUGUGGGUAACUAAGGGUCUCCUUUCACUUAUCAUGAAAAAAAUUGGUCUUUAUAAGCCCAAAAAUAAAAAAGAUUGAGUUUCAUGUGUUUAAUUUAUA